CUGAACGAUACUGGUGGUCAUAUUUACACUGACUGGGCUUCAUCAAUAACGAUGGAAACAAAAGGAUAUAUGUGGUUGCUUUUUACGGUGUUAAGCAUUUUGGCAACAUCCUCUUUGUCUAUAACUUUGGAGGCGCAUAUUGGAGCAUACAUCAGAGAAUUACUACAAGAAUUCAAGAACGACCCGACAUCCAGCAGGUUCGAUAGUGUCAUACACCCAAAAUUGCUUGGCAAAGGCAAGAGUGAUUUUUUUCUGCCCAAGGUAUUUAUUUGGUCUCCAAUGGAUCAUUUCAAAUCAACGAUCCGAUGCCCAGAACACGGUAGUGUGCUAGAAGCAAUGCAGUGGACAGAUAUAACGGAAAAGAAAAGUCCCCGAAACCCACGUCUGGUGUACGAUCUACACGGAAACUACCUUCUCAUUCAAAGAUUUUAUAAGUGUCGCCAUGGACAACACAAAUAUUUGUCAGCCGCGCCAGAGAUAAUGAGAGAGCUUCCGGGUGUGAUUUCUCAUGGAUGCUUCCCGAUAAAGAUGCUUUACAAAGCUGCUUGUUCAAAGGAAUUAAUGGACCUUGUAAUAAGUGAAGUUGUCCAAGGGGUGAACUUUCUUCAAAUAAGUGAGGGAAUCGCUAACCUGAAUUACAAAGAAUUCUGUCGAAGAGGUGAGCGUUAUCUUAUGAGUAACUCAAACAACCACGAAAAACAGUCUUGUGAUCAUGAUUUUUUCACAGAAGAUUUUUAUUGCGACACAAUGUUUUCUUUUCCUAGCAACGAUUUGUUGAUGAAAUUAUUCCUUGAGGAUUUUGAAGGGGAAAAAAAGUACUAUGAUGAGGAAUUACGAAAGACAAAAGCAAAAGUGCUUUCAUUUGACCACACGUUUAAAGUAAGUAAGCACAUUGGAGUUGCUCGAAAUGGAGACUCCCAAAUUGUAGGCCAGUUUUCAAAUCUAUUUAUAGGUUUGAACGAAAACAAAGACAUUGUCAUUUGGAAGCUCACGCGUUCCACAAAAUUCGAGGAAGUAAAAGAUGUCCUCGUGGAAUUGAAUGAGCGGAUUAUUGCAGAAAACGAAAGAAUAGAAACUAUAUACGUUGAUGACUGCUGUAAAGUAAGAGCACAAUACAAAACUAUAUUCAGAAAUAAGGAAGACAUAAAGUUAGACUUAUUCCAUGGAGUACAAAGGGUGGUCAAAACCUUAUCAAAAAAAUCAGAGGCAUCUAAAAGACUAGCAAACGAGUUUGGGUUAGUCUUCAGAGCCAACGGUGACUUAGGAAAUGUUCGCAACCUUCCAACACCCGACCCUGAACAAAUAGAGGAAAACCUAGACCAUUUUGAAUGGGCAUGGAGUGAAAUAUUAUUGAGCAAAGAGUACACAGAAACGAGAAAUGAAAUCGAUAAACUUAAGGUUCAUAUACGAAAAGGGUGUCUGUCUGGCAUAAAUCCAGGAGAAGGAACAGAAGGCAAUGAAGUUCUUCACCAUUUCAUUAACAGGUGUCUGCUAUGUGGAUCAACGACCAUUGGUCCUGAACUCGCAAUAGCAGUAUUAACAAUAUUAUUUUACAGUCUAAAUAGCAAAAAGAAAGAACGUAAGCAUGAAAGAAACGCAAGAACUAACAUUUACAUGCCCAUCGAGGGCGUGAUAACAAAAAACUAUGGUUUGGAGCACAAGAAAAGUUUAACGAAGAAGGUUUUGCAAGAGGAUAAUUCAAGAAAAGAAAAGGGUUGUACGACAACAGAUGGGAAAGAGUGUAGUAAGGAUUCUUCAGUUCUUCUGGUUGCGGACCACAUUCAAAAUCUUUGUAAUGAAGUUAUAGCGGAGACUAUUUUAAACCAUGUUGAAACAAUGCACAGUAUACUGGAUCGCAUUAACAAGGAAUGCAAUAACCGCUCAUUCAAUAUCUUGGAUUUUCCUAUUCUUCAGCUAAAAGGAUUACAAAACGUAAUUGACCAUUUCAACAAUGACGGUAGUUCCAUAGAAGAGACUACUACUACAAAUCAACUCGCCAGAAACCUUUCAGGGUUAGGAUUGGAGGUAGAUGAUGUUGAUGGUGAUGGAGACUGCGCAUUCACGAGUAUAAUGAAGCAAGUAAUCGAUUUAAGUCUACGUACGGAGGGGGAAGUAAGAGACCGCUUGUUGUUACAUCUGGAAGUGUUAGGGCUAAAUACACAAUCUGUAGCCGAAAAUGUUAACCCACUCCGCCAGCUAUUUGUGGAUCACUUAUGUGAAUCAGCAAAUUACUACGCCCAGGUACUUGGCAUGGAAGAAAACGAGCUGCUGGCCGAAGCUGAACUUUUCAAACGAGCAGGUACUUAUAAUUACCAGGUUGGAGAUCUCGUGGUAAAAGUGUGUGCUGAAGUCUUAAACUUGGCCAUCGUAGUAAUCACCUCCAUAGACGGUGCACCAUGUAUCCCAUUUAUCCCACCUAGGUUAUGCUGUGAUUGCCCUAUAUAUAUUGCAUUCACACAUUCAGGACCUGGGCAUUACGACGCUACGAAAGCUUUAAAGCACUGUGAAGGAAGUAAGGAGAUAGAGAAGGGAUGUUCUUGUGGUAAAAAUAAGUCAUCGAUUGAUGGAUCAGCAUGUGAUGUAAGCGACAAGACCAGAUGUCCCUGUGUCCGCAGAGGAAAGAUGUGCAGCAGACUUUGCAGAUGCAGAAAGUGUAACAACGUCAUGGAGUCGAAUGCUGUAAGGCAAACCCAAGAGGAAGUGAAACGUCUUAAUGAUGUCUCCUUCGCUUGUUCUUGUGGAAGAAGCAAAAAGAAUAAAGAUCCAGCAUACGAAGCAUGUAAAGAUGGGGAAAGGAAAUCAAAGUGCAAAUGCCUAAAGUAUGGGGUUAAAUGCAGCGCCACCUGCGAAUGCUACAACUGCUGCAAUGGUAAGUCAGAUAAGGAGAAAGAAGAAACCCCCUCGAAGAAAAGGCGGUGCAGAGAGAAUCCCUCACCAUACAAGCGGCGUAAGGGAAUGCAGUUUUUAAAUGAAGAGAGCCUCGGUGUGCAUUCUGGCAGUUGGACACGGUUCGAAACAUACGUUCUAAUAGAAAGCGUGUCAUUGAUAUCUACUACUUCCAUCACGGCGAAACCAAAAAGCUUGGCAUCCCUUUACAAUUAUGUUGCUAAAUAUGCCAACGCCAAAGACAACAAGAUGCACAUGGCAAUGAAAACAGCAUCGCAGAUAAACGGGAAACUUCUCCAUAUCCAAAGCGUUCAAGACAUUAGUGAACUGUUACAAAAUAAGUAGUUAUGUACGUAUAUUAAUAUCUAGUAUGAUGUAUAGCUAGUGACGAAAUGUAAUCCUUGGUAGCUGGAAUAUCUGUCACAAAGUUGGAUGGGAAAUAGCAAAGUAUUAUAUGCCAUUUCCUCCGAAACUGCGACGUUUGCGCCAUAAAAAUUUAGUUUUUUUACGACUUCUUGUUAUUUUUUCACAAUCUGAUUGUGUGCAGACAACCAUAUUCAGUUGGAGGCUUAGAACUCCUUGUGCGAUUUGUUCUGACGAAGUUUGUCACGCAAAGUGAAACAAAGCAAAGCAGAUUGAAUCGCUUGAAAAAAAAAAAAAAAAAAAAAAAAAAAAAUCGAACAGUUUUCUUUAGUCCAAACUAUAAUGGGAAUAAUUUAUGUCUAUCUAGUCUCCUUUGUUGUAUCCUCCAACUUGGCAGCCGUGUCUAUUGUUAUAUUUUUCUCUUGGGAAUGAUUGAAAACCUUAAAUAUCGAUUUCUUUCGUGCUUCCGUUGAUGCAAAUCAAAUAUAUAUUGUGAUAGACAGGGGUAAAUACAGAUUUGUUUAUAAGCUUCAUUUAACAUCUAAAAUUAUGCACACAAACGAUUCUUCCAAACCUAGCUGAGAUCUUGCAGAGAGAGCGUUUGGCCAAUUUUGUUAUGUUAUGAAAUUAAGUAAGGUUAAUCAUUGGAUGUCUUACGAGAACAUAAAGAAAUAUAAUUAUGCAUGUUAAGGCUUGAUAUUUUAAUGGAUCGCUCAAAUACUAAGUUUGUGCAAUAACUCUAUCAAUCUUAAAUCUAUGAAAUUGAGUUUUGGGGCUAAAAACAUAAUUGGGUUUUUUGUCAUGUUGACUUCCGGUGGUCAUGUGACCCCAAGGCGUGAGAAAUAGAAAUUUCAAAAUGGGCUGGCGGUUUUUAUGUGACUUGGAAUAGCGCAGCGCGCUGAUUCUAAAAAUAGCUUAAAGAUUCGGACAAACAUUGCAUUCUGUUUAACCGCUACGAA